AUGGCUGGUUGUUAUCUUUGCAGAUUCAAAGUAGAUAUGGUUCUUCCAAUUGUGAAACUUCCUUCACAAGGUCUACCUCAGAGACAGCUUUGGCGCGGUUAUCUGACCUAUUUGGUUCAUUUGCACUCUUUCCACAACGAGAAGAGAAUCAAGCCUUUAGUUGCAGGCAAAAUCCACAGGCAAAGCAGUGGCUCAGACCUCCGACAAAUGGAGGCUGAAGGAUCUUAUUCUAAGCUGCGUAGAAAUGCAUCAGCCUCUGCAAAUAUUAGCAGCAUUGGUUUGCAAAGCAAUCCUACAAACUCAGCUCCUGGGAAACACAUAACCGGCUGGCCUUUUGAUGAGAAGAUUCUUAUACAGACUCUUUACAAGUUUGAUGAUUGGAAAAUUCACUUGCAGGUUCUACUUUAUGUGUCAAAGACCUAUCCCAUUGUUCUAUAUAUGCGGGAUGCUGAUAAGUUGUUGUGUAGAUCACAAAGGAUAUAUAAACUAUUCCAGACAAUGUUAACGAAACUAUCUGGACCAAUUUUGAUUAUUGGUUCGCGGAUUUUGGAUUCUGGUAAUGAAUGCAAAAGAGUAGAUGAGAUGCUUACCUCUCUCUUCCCUUACAACAUAGAAAUCAAACCACCAGAAGAUGAAUCUCGUCUUGUCAGCUGGAAGUCUCAAUUUGAAGCGGAUAUGAAGAAGAUACAGAUUCAAGAUAACAAGAACCAUAUCAUGGAAGUGUUAGCAGCCAAUGAUCUUGAUUGUCAUGACCUGGAUUCCAUCUGUGUAGCAGACACAAUGGUUCUCAGUAACUAUAUAGAAGAGAUUAUCGUGUCAGCAAUUUCGUAUCAUAUAAUGAAGAACAAAGAGCCUGAAUACAGAAAUGGAAAACUGAUCAUUCCAUGCAACAGUUUGUCCCAUGCUCUGGGAAUAUUCCAGGCGGGAAAAUUCGGUGACAGAGAUUCAUUGAAGUUAGAAGCUCAAGCAGUAACAUCUGAGAAAAAAGAGGAAGGAGCUGCUGUGAAACCAGAAGGAAAGACUGAAAGUCCUGCACCUGCUGUAAAGACUGAAGCAGAAAUACCAACUUCAGUGCGCAAAACUGAUGGUGAAAAUUCAGUUCCUGCAUCCAAAGCUGAAGUUCCUGAUAAUGAGUUUGAGAAGCGAAUAAGACCUGAAGUAAUCCCAGCAAAUGAAAUUGGGGUAACAUUCUCCGACAUUGGUGCCUUAGACGAGACUAAAGAUUCACUUCAAGAACUAGUAAUGCUUCCCCUUCGAAGGCCAGACCUUUUUGAAGGAGGCCUUCUAAAGCCUUGUAGAGGAAUAUUGCUAUUUGGGCCACCUGGAACAGGAAAAACAAUGCUGGCAAAGGCCAUUGCAAACGAGGCUGGAGCAAGUUUCAUUAAUGUAUCCAUGUCUACCAUCACUUCUAAAUGGUUUGGUGAAGACGAGAAGAAUGUCCGAGCUUUAUUCACACUGGCAGCCAAGGUCUCCCCAACUAUUAUAUUUGUCGAUGAGGUUGACAGUAUGCUUGGGCAGCGAACAAGAGUUGGGGAACAUGAAGCCAUGCGGAAAAUAAAGAAUGAAUUCAUGUCCAAUUGGGAUGGACUUACCUCGAAAUCAGAGGAUCGUAUUCUUGUCCUCGCUGCAACCAAUAGGCCCUUUGACUUGGAUGAAGCAAUUAUUAGACGAUUUGAAAGAAGGAUUAUGGUUGGGCUACCGUCCGCAGAGAACAGAGAAAAUAUAUUGAGGACCCUUUUGGCUAAAGAGAAGGUGCACGGGGGACUUGAUUUUAAGGAACUCGCAACUAUGACUGAAGGAUAUAGUGGAAGUGAUCUGAAGAACUUAUGCACAACCGCUGCUUAUAGACCUGUUAGAGAGCUAAUUCAGCAAGAGAUACAAAAGGAUUCGCAGAAAAAGAAGAAAGAUGCCGAAGGACAAAAUAGCCAAGAUGCUCAGGAUGCGAAAGAGGAAGUUGAGCAGGAAAGAGUUAUUACCCUUAGGCCUUUGAAUAUGCAGGACUUCAAAAUGGCAAAGAGUCAGGUUGCCGCGAGCUUCGCAGCUGAGGGGGCUGGAAUGAAUGAGUUGAGGCAGUGGAAUGACCUGUAUGGAGAAGGCGGUUCAAGAAAGAAAGAGCAAUUAUCUUACUUCCUAUGAAAAUUGCCGAUGAAACUAUUUAAUGAAUUCGUAGUUGCAUCCUUCUGGUUGGACUUUGUGAUUCCACUGAAGAGAUUUCCAAAGGACAAUCAGUAUUUUCCAGUGAUGUAGUAUAUAAUUAUACGUGUGUAUAGUUUCCGGUGGUAUUUUCCGGCUUCAUACUUGAGCACAGGUAUUGCAUAAAUAACAAUGUUGUAAAUGUAAUUAAUAGUGUAGCUUGUGUUGUACUA